GGACCCCAAAAAUAGCGCCAUCUAUCGGGAUAAAUCUCAAAAAAUGUGGGAUCGGUCGACAUGACUCAUUCCGUUUUGCCGGGAAACUGCGUCCCUGGCCAGUUGUUUCCGUUGACGAUCUCGUAGCCUCAGCCUUGGAUUUAAGCUGUUUACUGAUUUGAAGAGAUAAUAAAUGGACUUUCCCAGCAUAUUAAUAUGGUAUAAAUACUGUCGAUGUCACUAUGUUUCAGUAUCUUCAAUCUGUUGGUUAGUACAUCUUGUUCUGUCUCCAACUCUUUUUCAACUCCUGUUAAAGAAAUGUCCAUUGUCAGUAUUACCGUUUGCUUUGUGGCUGUCGUGAUGACCGUGACUUGUGAACCAGUAGCUGAUGGGUACAAACAGCCCGCGCCUCCAUACCAAGCCCCUGCAUACAAGGCUCCCACGUACGAACCUCCAGCUUACAAAGCGCAUGUCGAUUACCAGCCUCCUGCGUACCAGCCUCCUGCGUACCAGCCUCCUGCGUACCAGCCUCCUGCGUACCAGCCUCCUGCUUACAAAGCUCCCACGUACGAACCUCCAGCUUACCAAGCGCCUGUCGAUUACCAGCCUCCUGCGUACCAGCCUCCUGCAUACCAGCCUCCUGCCUACAUGGCUCCUGCUUAUUAAAUCCAAUCAAAUUCUAAAACUAGUAUUAAAAAUUGCAAAAUAUAUCAAUAUGUACCAUUAAUUGUGGAUGCAGACUGGAAUAGUUUGUAAUAGUAAUGAGCAUUUUUGCGAGAUACACUGCUUUAAAUCUUU